AUGCAAAUAAAGAGUUUUUGGGCUGAUUUCAAGUAUGCCAUUGCCAACACAUUGGGCAUUGCCCCUAGACAGGUCCGGGUUGCCUAUUGUUUCAGUACUACACCCCAAAGUGACCACCCGUUCAAUCAUGUUUGGAAUGAAGCUCAACUUCGAGAACUUAUCAAAGAUGCCGAGGUUGCUCAGAAGGCCUGUGCAAAAAGCAGAGUUAAGACUAAGAAGAAAUUUGUUGUGGUGCUGAAGCAUACAGGUGAACAGUCAGAGAAGCCUGGAAAGGAUAAGGAUGGAAAAGGCAAUGUAAAGACAUCGAAAAAGUGCAAAUGUUCUGAUAGUUCUGAAGAGGAAGAAGAAGAAGGGAUGAAGACAAAGGUCUUGAGCCAGGCGCAAUGGAUAGCCAAGAUUAGCGAAGAUAAUCAUUGUCCAGAUCACAACCACAUUUGCCUCAAAAGUAUCACGUCUCACCCACAGCUAAAGUCUGCUGACAUCGCAACAUGGGCUCUGAUGAAUGUGAUGUUCAAAAGGAAACCUGCAGCUCCAGCUCUGGCUACAGCUUCUAUACCAUCUGGGUAUCCCUACCACUCACUGAUGCACUAUGGAAAUGCACCAUAUGGUGCACCUGGAUUUAUGCAGCCCCCAGCAUUGCCAUUCAAACACCGUAGUCAUUCAGGGUGUGAUGAGAUGCCAAGCUCCAAUCCCAUAGAGUUGACGGAGGAUGUAACUCUCUUUCCCCAGUUAGAGCAAUGGCUAGCUGAUCUGGACGAUAGCCCUCAUGGUCUCAAUAACCAUGACUUUGCAUUGUUUUCACCUGAUUUCCUUCGAGAAAAGUACAUGCGUAUCUCUGACCUUGAUGGACUUACCAUGAAUGAGCUUCUGGAAAUAUGUGGAGGUAUAGCAAGAGGCAUAGCAAAGAAGGUUCUCGAGUGUGCAGCGAGAGAAUGUAAGGUCAUUAGAAAAAAGGAAAAGCAACAUCUCCGGGAGAUGGAAAAAAUGCCUCGGCAUUGUUACUGA